UUUUCCGUUUCGCCAUUUUCCUCUUCUACACCGGUGCUCUUGCUGGCAGCUACCUUGUCUCCUUUCUCUCUCAUUGUUUUAACCUGUCCGGUAGUUCAACGGAAAACCUAAAUAAAUAAAAAAGAAGUCUACCUUGUAGCUGCAUCGCCCCCGAGAAAAGUGCGAGAAUGUCUUCUGAGGAGAGCCCCGAGUACGCGCCUUUCUUCGCUGUGAUGGGAGCCUCUGCGGCCAUGGUCUUCAGCGCGUUAGGAGCGGCGUAUGGGACAGCGAAGAGCGGCACAGGCAUCGCUGCCAUGUCUGUGAUGCGGCCAGAGCUCAUCAUGAAGUCCAUCAUCCCCGUGGUCAUGGCGGGUAUCAUCGCCAUCUACGGGCUGGUGGUAGCUGUGCUGAUAGCAAACAACAUCUCCGAGAGAGUCACUCUCUACAAGAGUUUCCUGCAUCUCGGUGCCGGUCUGAGCGUGGGUCUUAGCGGUCUGGCGGCCGGGUUCGCCAUUGGCAUCGUGGGCGACGCUGGUGUUAGAGGCACCGCCCAGCAGCCCCGGCUCUUUGUGGGCAUGAUCCUCAUCUUGAUCUUCGCCGAGGUGUUGGGGCUUUACGGCCUCAUCGUGGCCCUCAUCUUAUCUACAAAAUAGAUGUCCGCAUCAAAGCACCAUCUCAUUCAUUCCACAUCAAAGCAGCAAGAACAAAUAGGAGAUUUUCACUUAACUUCCAUUACACCCCGUGGGUCUGACAGGACAGGAUGGCAUCAGAAACAGGUUGGCGGUCGACUUUGACCGCCGCGUUCCCCAGUAGAUGUGAUCUAUCCAUAUUGUUUAAAGCCAUCCGGUUGUGUCAGGUCUCGUGAGUACUGAACGGGCAUGAAGAUGUAUUGGUUGUUGUGGGAUGAUGUGUGGACAGUCUGCUUGAUUUGUUGUCUGAUCUUAACAUGUACAGUGAUCCAGAGUCCCUCCACCCCCCUGUAAAUGUAGUAACCAGUCUGUGCCGUGAGUGUGAGUAUCAACGUUUAUCCUUCUGCCCAUUCCCCUCUCCUCGGAGUUCUGUUUUUCGUUUGGUGGUUUUGAUUGUCACUCUCCGUCUUGAGACUGCUGAAGAAUCAUGCACACUAGUAUUUUAUUUUUUCAUGUUCUUUUCGGGGACCAUUUUUGAAUCACAGUGGCGAGGAGCUGUCAAUACAUAUUAUUUUUGUUCACUAUUUAUGAAAAGUUAUGAAGAUUUUUGACUUAAUGAAACUGUCUAAAUGGAAAAAUGUUUAUUGAAUACCCUAUAUACAUAAAAAAUAUAUAAAUGAUCUGUGUAUAGUUAGAUUAAUUGCACUGUGGGUAAUUGUUCUAAGUGCUUGGAAUUCCUCUGGAUGUAGUGUGAUUAUUAAUGGAGGAUGUCCACAUGUUGACAUGGGGUUGACAGUGUGUGAGUGUGUGUGUGUGUGUGUGUGUGAAUGACCUGAGUGCAUAAUGUGUGUGUGUGUGUGUGAGUGUCUUUAUGUUUAAUAUGACAUUCUGAAACACUAGUAACGUUUACCUGUAGUGCUGCUGUCUUGAUUUAUUUGUUUGUUUUGUUUAAGGUGAGAGCUCACUGUUCAGCCAUGCCUGUCAGAUUUCCAAAUAAAACUCAACCUCCUCCAGAAACA